AUGCGCGUCUCGUUCGUGACCCGUGGCAUUCGUGGCAUCUUUCCGCUCGUCCGCUCGUUAGCGCCACAGGCCAUCUCGCCGCCCUUCUCGCUCCCCGCACUUCGAGGGCUACGACUCGCGAUUGAUGCUACGCUGCUGGUUCAGCGCCUUCACUUUGCAGACGACCCGCACGCGUCGCGCCACAUCAUCGGCUUCUACCGCCUCGUCACCUCGCUGCGACAACAUGGCGUGAUACCAAUGAUGGUCUUUGACCACCCGCAAAAGAGACUGGCGCUCAAGGACCGCGAACAAGUCAAGAGGAGGCAUAAGCGCGAGCUCGAUCGGAUAAGGAGCAAGCUCGAACACGAACGACGCGGAAGGCUGUUGGAGUUGCAAUCGCAUCUGGACGCAUUGUCGGAGCUGCAAGUAUCGGAACGACGGCAGGUGGGAGAGUUGCUCGACAAGUGGCGGACGCCGACGCAGGAGAGUCCCGCAGAGGUGAUCAGCCAACCGUCUACAUCUGCGGUCCCGUCGACAAUAGCAGAAACGGUGCCAACCCCUACCCCACGGCUUCCAGCGCCGACUUCCAAGACAGAAUCGGUAGCCUACAGCAUGCACACAAAUUGGAUGCAGCUUGAGGAAAGCCUACGCAGCGGAGCAUCAAGUCAGUCCAAAGGGCAAAAAGUGCUCGCCGAGGCAGAGAAGGAGAUCUACCAGACCAUCGCCACGCAGCUCAUGUCCGGUGAAGCACCGCCACCGCUUCCAUCGCCAGUCGAAUCCUUCGACAGGGCGGACGACAUUGCAGCCGAAGCUGGGCCAUCACAUCCUCUCUCCUCGAUCAAUGCCAUGCACCACUCGCUCUCCAAGACGUACGACCGCGCCACCUCGCCCCUGUCCGCAUCGAUAUACAAAGAUUGUGCGGAGCUGUGCUCUCUCAUGGCCGUGCCGGUGUUUUGGACCGGUGAUGGAACACGGACGGGUGGAGGCAGGAUCCACGAGGCCGAAGCGUACGCCGCGUCGCUCGUACGAUCAGGCUUUGCUGACCUCGUUGCCAGCGAAGACAGCGACGUUCUGCUGUACGAAGCGCCCCUGUUACGGGGCCUGAUGGGCGGAGUGCGCAAUCCCGGUGCCCUAGGCCGCGAAGCGGCAAGAGGUAAGCUCGAGGUCAUCUGCGGCACACGCGUUCGCACCGGGCUCUUCCCCAAAGCAGACACCGACAAGCUCGCUCACCUCACCGCCAGCAGCGAGCUCGUCAAGACCGAGGAAAGCGAUUCAGAUCUGUCCUACGAUCGAAUGGCCCGCUCGCUCAUGCUCGACUUUGCCCUGCUGUGCGGAACCGACUUCAACCGCACCAUUCCCGGCAUCGGUCCGAAAACAGCGCUCCGGCUGCUCAAAGAGCAUGGCAGCAUCUCGACCAUCCUACGCAAGGAGGCGAAGAAGUUCCAGCCACCCGAGGGGCUGUCAAUCCGAGAGUACGAGACGGAAUUGCGACAUGCAAGGAUGGUGUUCCUGCAGCCGCCAAAGGUGAGGGCUGCGGCGCGAUCGAUCUUGGGCACGCCGGCGUCGGAAGCUGCGGCGGAGACGGUCUCCCAGUCGUCUGGGUCUGCACUCAUCGAGCGAGUCCUCUUUGCCGAGGGUGCAGCGGCGGUGCAGUCGGAUGAGGCGGCGAUAGCGGACGAUAUUGGAGCGUCCGAUGGCGCGGCAACAAUCGAUGCGGGCGUCAACACGUACUGCACAGCAGACCCGGCUGUCGGUCUCGACGAGAUCGCCACCGAAGCUGUCACCUCUCCCCAGCCUGGAGCUGAGGUGACGUACGACCGCCAAGCGGUACACGACUUUCUCCGCUCGCACGGCGUCUUCCGAACCUCUUCCUCGGAUCCCGAUACAGACGCCUUCGAGCUGUACGAGCCAUCGGCCUCAAGGCAGCAGGAGUGGCGCGAUCUGCUCGACCUCGAACUCGGCCUCACAACCCCAGCCACGAUCAGCGGCUUCAACAGCAUCCUCGAAGAGUCGCCGGGCGAGAGCGAGGCGCUGAUGGGCAUGACGACGCUCGGAGCGGACUUCUUCGGCGAACGCAAGGCUGUGGCUUGCUGGAACCCGGGGAUGGAGCAGCACGUUCGGCAGGAGACAACCGCCAAGUAG